CGCCCGUCAAUCGACGAACGAGCGCCGCCAUUCAAGAGCACUGCGAGCCACAAACAAAACGCUUACAAAGUGUUGUGCCGCCAAAGCGAACGGACGUGCUUUUGCUCAUCGCUCUCGUUUCGAGAAGCAAAUCACAUAGCUACAGUAAAGUGAGUUUGUUUUGCAGUGAGUUGCUGAGGAUCGAAGGGAAAACAGAGUCGACGGAUUUUUCCUGUGUAUAAAGCCGGAGUGUUUGCAGCAAAUUGUCAUUUUGGCAAAAGUGCACUAAGCAAAUUGUUGCAGUAAAUGGUUUAAAAUUGCAGUGUGCAAAAGUGGAUGUUUGUAGGUUUUACGUUAAACGAAAAAAAAAAGCGGAAGCAAAAUUUUGCUUGAUCGUGUGCAGCAGCAUCCCAGCCAUCUCAGCCAGAAGAAAAGGAGCGAAGAAAAGUUUAGAACGGUUUCUCGGGUAAACAAGAAACCAGACAACAAAGGAAGCAGUGUGUGCUUAGGGUGUGCUAAAGCCAAAAGAAUUAAAUUCCGAAGGAAGGAAUUUUCGUGUGCAGUGAGAAAGUAAACUAAACCACAAGGAGAAAAUCUGUUAAACGUUAUUCAAGUGAAAUAAAACUCAAAGUCACUAAAAAGUUUAGUUUGGUGUGUGUGUGUGUGUGUGUGUGAAAAAGGGCUUCAAAAGAGCAAUAAGUUUACAAAAGAAAAGAAAAACAAAACACAAUGGAAAACACAGCAGCCGUGUUACUGUCGCCACCGGCAACGCCACCAUUACAGGAUACCAGUCAGCAACAGCAGCAAGAUGAAUUGUUAAAGAAAAACAAUGCCAUUCGUCAGGCAUUAAAGCGGAAGCUGGAAAAUGCAGCUGCUAAAUCAUCUUCAUCGUCAUCAUCAUCAUCAUCAGCCAGCGGUAGCUUCGUCACACCGAACCAUUCGGAUGCGUCAGAGGAUGAGUCUGAUCUGCCACCGCGCAAACGCCAGUACGUGCGUAACCCGGACCAGCUAGAAUCGCAUGCCGCCCUUCAAAAACAGCUGCAUCAACUGCAUCAACAACAGCAGCUAAAUGGAUCCGGUGCUCCAACACCACCACCGUCGGAGUUUUCCGGCUCGGAAGAUGAAACUACCAAGUCCGGUUCGGACGAGGAGCGUUGCUACUUUCAGGGCAGCUCCACAACGGAAACACCGCAACGGGAAAGUGUUAUCAUGCGCAUCAACAAGGAUGGUUCGUGCACGAAGACGCCCGCAUCGGACGAAACGGGUGGAUCCGGCACAACCGGUGGACUCAACAUAUUUCGCAGCUACAAGUUUAAGAUGGGUCCACGGAUGUCACCACCGCCGCCAGUAGCACCAGCGAGUGCAAGUGUCUGCCCCUCGCCCGUUCCGGAGCAAUCGUGCAACAAGGACAGCAUUACGGAAGGUAUGGGACAAAAUGCAGCUGCCAGUAAGACGACACCCUCUGCAGUAUUCGGCACCAGCUCCAGUGGCGGUGCUGGCAAGCGUAAGAAGAAGGACACGGCGACGAGUUCUGUCCCGUCGUCGUUCAGCUCGAACCUCUUCAGCCAACCAAUCCUACCGAAGGUGCUGCCCACCUCAUCAUCAUCUGGCUCCUCCACCACAUCUACCCUUCCUGUGAUAGCGCCCAAAGUCAUCGCCACUCCGGCAACGGCGGCCCCCUUCAUCCUAGCCACCCAGAACGGUGGUUACAUUCUCUUGCCUCAGCAAAUGUCACACAAUCUGUUGGUUGCUACCGGCCCGACACCGACGAUCUCCGAAGCGCGCCCCAAAUCUCAACCCGCUCCGUUACCGACGACGACGACGGUCAAAGAUGACGGUAAGGGUGGAGCGGAACAGCGGAACCAACCGGCAGCCACCGCCCCAAAACCCGAACGGCGUCGUAUCUACGAGUGUGAUCACCCGAACUGUGGCAAGAAUUACUUCAAAUCGAGCCACCUGAAGGCGCACCAGCGUAUCCACACCGGCGAACGUCCGUUUAACUGCAAGUGGCCGGACUGUGGACGACGGUUUUCCCGCUCGGAUGAACUGUCCCGCCACAAGCGCACCCACACGGGCGAGAAGAAGUUCGUCUGUCAUGUGUGCGAACGACGGUUCAUGCGUAGCGAUCAUCUGUCCAAGCACGUGAAGCGUCACAACAAGGACACGAGCAAGGCGUCCGGUUCAUCCAAUGCCGGCCAAUCAUCUAGCCGAAGAACAGUAGCCGCCAGCAGUACCACGUCCACACCGACAACGAUCCUGGCACCGGCAGAAGUUAGUAUGCGUUCCGCGACCGCAUUGUACCAUCAUCACCAUCAUCAGCUGGCGGCCGUAUUUCAACCAUCCCAUCCGUUUGCAUCCGUGCAGCAAGCCUCGGUGUACUGAAGCGAUCGCUACUAGCUGUACUCAUCUAACUUGUGUCAUAUGCUGCACGGAAGUCGUCAUCCGCGUGGUACAGCAAUCAUUCCAAACGGGUGCGUGUGUGAACGAUUCGCUUACCUUACCACCUCCCCAGGGCUGUUACUAGUUGUAACUGGGGAUUGCGCGCCUAUGGAACGCGCGGGAGAGAGAAAAAGGAAAGUAAGGGAAGAUUGAAACUAUCUAGGGAAGGGAACUCCUCGCAGCAAAAAAAAAAAAAAAAAGAUCAACUUCGAUCGUCUCGUUCGUGAUUUUUCCUCUUUCUCCAGUUAGGUUUAAACAAUUCUGCGUGUGGGUGCCGCGAAGCGUAUCCGUGUGAUGCGCCCCACCUAUCUGUGAUCGUUUUUUCUUACAAAACGGAAAACUGCUACUAAACAAGCAAAGCAAGCAUACAACAAAAAAAAAACACUAGAAAGGAAAACCAAAACCUAAGGCCACACUAAUCACAAACUUCUAGCCGGCUUAGCGUUUUCAAAAACUCUCUUAUCUUAUCACAAUCACUACUAUCUAGUAUCUAGAAUUUAGGGCAUGUUGGGGUGUUAAAUACACCUGUGAAAAGAAAGGUGGUGGAGAAAGUCUCAGGAGAGAGUGUUCUGUGGGGGGGAAAAGGGGAGGUUAUAAGGGGCAAGGGUUGAGACGGAUGGAGGGAAAACUAUUCAAGGAGAACAGAAAAGAAGACUCACUAUUUGGUUCUACUGUCUGUUGUAAGAUACGUUUAAUUAAUGUUUGUUUUCGUUCAUGGUUUUUUUUUUAAUUUUCUGUUUGUGAUUUUAUAAACGCACCAGUUUAGAAAUGGGUCGCUUUUACCUAGGGAUGGAUGAGUGGAAAAUGUCACCGUGUGUGUCUCGAUGGUUUAUUAGUACGGUAGCAGAUGGAAAGCCACCCAGCAUUAUCUUACACAGCGUGUUAGUUGUCCAAUAUUCGAUAAAACUUGUUUGGUUCGUAAUGGUUUCGUUAAUUUAUUUUAGUCCUUAAUCGAUAUAGCCGUUAAACAUGCCACAGUAAGACAGUUAAGUUUCGUAUGCACAUAUUAUUAGCAUAUUGGCAGAUGCAGCGAAUCAGAUGUACAGCAGGCGAAGAGAAGAGUGAGAAAAGUAAUUAACGAUCAAAGGAGAAAAUGCAGUAACAGAUCAACAUGUGUUGUUAAAAUCAUACCUAUUUACCUGUAUAUCUACCUAAUAAUUGCCAAAAGAAGGGUCAGUUUUCAAGAGAUGCGCCACAGGCACAGCAAAACGAAAAAUGAAAAAGGCAAAAUCAAAUGCAAAUGGCAAAGUAAACACAUACAAAACACAGAAAAUCCCAGUAAUAUACAUUCUUCUCGAUCGAUCUAAAAUGAAA